GGCGCGCCUCGGAGCGGAACGGCGCGAGCGGGCUGCGGCGGGAGACGAGCCGGGCAGGUAUUUGCAGUCCUUAUAUUGAUAUCAGUUGGAAAGAAACUUACUCCCCUAUAUUUCUGGAGCUGCACAGAGCCAUGCCAUCUUACGUCACAAGGCACAAGCCCAGACAGAAGUACUCGUGGGUCGGCAGCCCGUUGCUGAAUCGAAAGCUGCAUUUGCAGACCUACAAAGAGUUAUGUGUGCGAGGCGAGGCUGAUUCCACUGAGAUGCUCAUCCAGGUUGGACAGUGUGUGUUGAUUGAAGGGGACAGCGAUGAAGAACCCUAUGUUGCCAAGCUGACGGAGUUGUUUGAAGAUGAUUAUAAGCCUCAUUCCAAGAAACGGGCUCGAGUGCAGUGGUUUGUCCGGUUCUCUGAAAUCCAUCCCUCCAAACAGCAUCUGCUGGGCCGGAAGCCUGAGGCACAGGAGAUUUUCUGGUACGACCACCCUUCCUGCGACAGCAUUGUCAGCGUUGAGACCAUCAUUGGCACCGUUCAGGUGGUGGCCCUGGCCCUGGAUGAGUCACCUCCCGCACAGCUGAAACACAAGGGGUUUUUUGUGAGGAUGUCCUGGGAUACAAAGAAGUUCUGGCCCCUGUCAGCGGAGCUCCUCGCAGAGCUGGGGAGGCGAGGGGACAGCCCCAAGUCCCAGAAUCCUGUGCAAGCCCAGACCAAGACGGCAGAGAGCCCUGCCUGGACCACAUCCGAGCAUGCCGUCGGACGGAUUGAGUCGAGUCAUUCCGCAUCCAAAUCUCGCCAAGCUGCCGCUCGUCCCGCCACCCCCGGGGCCAGGAAGCGCCUGGAGCUCGCUGGCCUUCUCAAGACGCCUAACACCAGGAAAGCCCGGCAGACGUCGUGUGCCGCCUCUGCGUCUCUGGGGAUAGCCAAGAGGAAAAUGGCAUCCUCCACAGCCUCCUCGCCUUCCAAGAGAUCUUCGCCGGAUGAGGCCAGGGAGGACAAGUCCUCAUCAGAAUGUCGCAUGGUCCUGAGAGCCCGCAUCCCUGUCACGAGCACCACAGAGAUGAGUCUGGGGAUAACCUUAACCCCUAGCAGAAGGGCCCAAAGACCCUCCGUGACGCCUUCUAUAAACCUGACACCGGAAAAUAUCAAAAAGAGGGAGACCAAGGAACCGGAAGCUCAUACAGAAGAGGUCUCUACUCCCCAUCGGUCCCAGAGGAAGAGCUCUCUCUUGACCUUGAACCGGAUCAAGCAGCAGCUCCGGUACCUGGACUGCAAGGAAAAUGAUGAGAAAGAGGAGGAAUUUGUGCCAGGAGCAGGGGAUUCGGGCUCCAGCAGUGAAGAGGAGGAGGAGGGAGAUGUUUCCACAUCUUCACUUCCCAGGAAAUCGCGCCGGCGCCAGGACAAGAACCUGCAAACAGCCACGCAACCUUCAUUGCAAACCCCCUCCAAGACCCCAAAGAAAACUCCUAAGCCUAGAGCUCCACGCCACGCCACACCUCAGAUCCGCAGCCGAAGCCUUGCCGCCCAGGAGCCCGCUACUGUGCUGGAGGAGGCCCGACUGAGGCUGCAUGUUUCUGUUGUACCCGAGUCUCUUCCCUGUCGGGAGCAAGAAUUCCAAGACAUUUACAGUUUUGUGGAGAGCAAGCUUCUGGACGGGACUGGAGGAUGCAUGUACAUCUCUGGCGUCCCUGGCACAGGGAAGACUGCCACCGUGCAUGAAGUGAUACGCUGUCUGCAGCAGGCAGCCCAGACAAAGGACGUUCCUCCUUUCCAGUACGUAGAGGUGAACGGCAUGAAGCUAACGGAACCCCACCAGGUCUACGUGCAGAUCUUGCAGAAGCUGACAGGCCAAAAGGCAACGGCCAGCCAUGCCUCGGAGCUGCUGGCAAAGCAGUUCUGCAGCGGCCAAGCGCCUUGGGAAGCCACCGUUCUGCUCGUGGACGAGCUCGACCUUCUGUGGACUCACAAGCAAGAUGUGCUGUACAGCCUUUUUGACUGGCCCACCCACAAGGAGGCCCGGCUGGUGGUCCUGACCAUCGCCAACACCAUGGACCUACCCGAGCGGAUCAUGAUGAACCGGGUGUCCAGCCGGCUGGGCCUUACCAGGAUGUGCUUCCAGCCCUAUACUCACAGCCAGCUGAAGCAGAUCCUUGUGUCCCGACUCAGGCACUUGAAGGCCUUUGAGGACGAUGCCAUCCAGCUGGUCUCCAGGAAGGUAGCAGCCCUGUCCGGAGAUGCACGGCGCUGCCUGGACAUCUGCAGACGGGCCACGGAGAUCUGCGAGCUUUCCCGGCAGAAGGACGGCACCCAGGGCCCGGUCACCGUGGCCCACCUGAUGGCGGCCGUGGACGAGAUGUCCUCCUCCUCCUACAUCACUGCCAUCAGAAAUUCCUCCGUCCUGGAACAGGGCUUCCUGAGAGCCAUUCUUGCAGAGUUCCGACAAUCAGGACUAGAGGAAGCAACAUUUCAACAGAUAUACAACCAGCACGUGGCCCUGUGCAGGAUGGAGGGCCUGCCGUACCCCACCAUGUCCGAGACCAUGGCCGUGUGCUCUCGCCUGGGCUCCUGCCGCCUCCUCCUGGUGGAGCCCAGCAGGAACGACGUCCUGCUUCGCGUGCGGCUCAACGUGAGCCAGGAUGACGUGCUGUACGCCCUGAAAGAAGAGUGAGCGCUGGCCACCAGACUCCCUUUGUCCGAAGGCCAGGGAAUUCUUUCACCUCGUCUGCUUCUUGCAGCAUUUGGAAAAUUUUAUGGUCAACACAAAUAAUUCAGAUCGUAAAGCCAGGCUGAGCGACCAUAGGCCCUCCUCUCUGGCUUGUAGUAUUGUUCCUAGCCCUGCCAUUCAUUUUAAUGGCAGCAUUCUGUGUAUGUCAGUAUGUACACACGGUGGACUUGUAUCUAUGUAAAACAAUUCUCAGAGAAUUGAUAAGGAACUGGUAACCUCUGGGAAGCACCUGGAUGGGCAAAGUCCGCGGUGCGAUGAAGAUUUUUCAUUGUCAUUAUGCGUUUUAAAUUUUAAACAUGACAUUAAAUUAUUUUAUUAAAGGAA